AUGUGCAAUAUGUCAAUGAGUGAUGAAAUCAUCCUGAUCCCACUUCCUGCUCUUCUAGUGCCUGCUGAUCUGUGUCAGUGUUGGUGGUGGUGUUCUCUGUGUGUGUGUGGGCUGGGCUGCCUGCUGUCAUGGCGUUUUAUAUCCCCCCAUUGCCUGGGGAAUUCCAGCCUGGGAUCUGUCAAAGUGUGGACCAAUCAUCCUCCACUCACUGCAACUGUCACCCUGCCACUGCCAGCCCCAGAUACAGUCCGUCCGUGACACUGAUUUUGUCUUUAAUAUUGGUGCUGGUGGCAAAUAAU